GACGCUUAUAGAAUUCCAUCGCACCCCGGCACAGAAGCCCUGCUUGCCACAGCCUGUGUGCCCAGUCAUUAGAAUGCAAAAUGGGAUGUUUCCCUAAGUGUGGAAGAGAGCAAAGGUGGAGCAGAACAGUGGUUGGACAUGAUAAAUGGCAGUUUAACUAAUCUGCAGAUGAGCAGACCUGAGCAAUAACAACAGACUAAAAGGGUAAUUAUAAGAAUUGAACUGACUGGGAAGGAAUAUCUAAGCUAAGUCAAGAUGGCAGAAAUUGCAACAGCACUUGAGACUGAAAGCAGCACAGUGCUGGCACCAGCGGUGGACAUAAGCGAAGGAGUAACUGUGGAGGCCCUGCAGACCCUGGAAGAACCACUGGGUCAAGCUGCUCUGGUCAUGACUGAAGGAGAUGACUCUGUGUUUUACAGCGAAGAUGAAGAAAUUCCACAGGAAGUGUCCAGUAAGCCUGUAGGGUCUCCAUCUUCCCCCCAAAUUCAGAAUUCAGGAGCAGAAGAGUUAGUGCAGUCUCUGAGUCACAGCACUGUGCUAAGAGAAGCAGACUCUAUGCAUCACAGUGGUGCCAUGCUGGGGGAGGAGGAGAGGUUAAUGGAGAAUAAGGCGAAUCAUGUUUCAUAUUUAGCACUUGUUCAGGAAAUGGAGGAUGAGACUGAAACAGCAUCUAAAAACAGCCCUGUCCACAAUGAAGAGCCCUCAAAACUACAGUGCGCAGUGUCUGCUAGAGCUGAGACUGCGCCAGUGCCUAUUCAGGACAACAAGCAGAUAGAAAAGAGCCUACAGGCACACAAGAUGACUGAGAAUCCAUCAGACCUGCAAUCGGGCCAGGCGUCAGAAACACAGGAGAGAGACACAGCAAGAGCAGAUGGAAGCCCUGCCACAGCUGAAGGGCAUGAAGACAUGGAGGAGCUGGCCGUAGACAACGAAUCAUCUGACCACUCGCGCCAAGCAAAGUAUGGAACGGUCUCACACAGGCGGAUUCGCCGAGGUCUUGCGCGACAGAGGAUUGAGGAGUUUGAGGCCAUGAUGCAACUCUGAAAAUGUGCUGAAGGGCCUUAAGGAAAUGUAGGUUCAAGGACCAGACUGUGACUGAAUAUGCUUGAGCUGCAAUAGCUUUUCGAACAAAAGAGACUUUUGUUAUUUUCCUGACUGACUUGUUAAGACAGUAAAUGUUUUUGUUGCAUUUAAUAGGUCAAUUUUACUGAAUAACCCAGUUUCCCUUGUAUGAAGGCACAGUGAGCUAUUACGACUGGAUUUCUGAGCUGAGAAAUAUGAGGAAAUACUAGGUUAAUUAAACGCUGAAACACUACGAGACUAAACAAAUAAGAGGAUGAAGGCACACAAUCCUCCAAACAAAAGACUCAUUACUGGCAUAUUUGUACAGCUAAGUCUAAGCUCAUGCAACAAGUGACUUCAUACUGCAGUUUGGCUACACUCUUAACACGUGUGCUUUCAUCCUGUACGCUCAUGUGCAUAAAUAUUAUCAGACUGAACUUUGAUAUAAAGUAAAGUAUCUGCAAAACAUGGCCAACUUAAUAUUUAUAAAUUAAACAGACUGGAAGGACAAUAAUCACUGCUGUGGAAUAGAUUUCUAUCAGCUUACUCUGUAAGAAGGUAACAAUAAAAGAGAACAGCAUAAUAUGAAUACAACAACAUCUACACUUGGCUAUCAGUCUGGCUAUCAGUCCUUUCAGUGGCAUGAGUUAUAUUUAAACUGACAUUCAGUUUGUCUGUACAUUAUUGGACAAUUAUGUUUUUUUGUUGUUUUAUAACUCCAGCUUAUUGGAUUUCAAAUGAAAGUGACUGUGAAAUUAAAGUACAGUGUGUCAGCUUUACUAUCUAUGGGUAAAGGAAUCAGAACUAAUUUCACUAUAAAAUAAAUAAACAUAAUGGAUGAAAAUGC